UGCCUUCGCCGGGGGCGCCUGGGGGAUGAGAGCUGGCUCCAGCCACGGCUUGGCCAGGCGAGCUCCCAGGCGGGGCGGGGCUCGACAACGGGCAAAGGGCGCCUGAUGACUGGGCACAGGCAGGGCAGCGUCCGUCUCAGGCCUAACGCCCGGGGGCCGGGUACCCGUCGGUCUCUGGCCUAACGCCCGGGGGCGAGGCUAGCCUCGCCUUAGCCCAGCGCACUGUACAAGGGUGGAGUGAUUGCUGAGUGCUGGGCAAACAAGAAGAGCACCAGUGACCCAUCCCGCACGGCUUGAGGACUGGGCCAGCCUGGGCGCAAGGCAUAGCCCACUGUUUAAUACAUGAGAUAAUACCUUCAAAAUUAGAAAAAAGAAGACUUGUGGCCUCUCAGAGACUAACAAAUUUAUUUGAGCGUAAGCUUUCAUGAGCUACAGCUCACUUCAUCGGAUGUGUUAACUUGAUGAAAGUUAACUCCAGGGUUACUCAUGGUGGAUGUAUUGAGGCCUUAAAUUAUGCAGAAAGCCUCAAAGAAGAACAAACAGGCAGCUGCUUCGUGUAAAGAGCUGACCAUCCUUCCAUCAGCCAAAAAAAAAGAAGAAAGUCGGGAGGACUUUGUGGAGCUGCUGCCUCCAGAAGUCAGUUUUAAAAUAUUCAGUGAAUUGGAUAUUCAGAGCUUAUGCAAAGCUGCAAUGACAUGCAAGAGCUGGAAUCGUGCAAUUGAGAAUAGUGACCAUUUGUGGAAACAUCACUGUUUAACUGUAAGAGCUGUCUGUCAGCGAGAGAUAGACUGUGAUAGAGGAAAUGGAUAUUCAUGGAAGGUCACUCUACUGAGAAACUACUGGAAGAGCAAAGUGAAGCAUGAAUGGCUGAGUGGAAAAUAUAGCAACAUUCACUCACGCUGUGGUUUACCAGAAAAAAGCAUGUAUCCCAUGGAUGCUGAUACAUGGGGAGAAAUACUGGAAGCAGAACUGGAAAGAUAAGAAACCAGACAUGGAUCUUAAAUAGCAAGAAAUAGCACAGAACUGACUGUUUUUACUGUAAAUAUUUAGCCAUUCACACCAGUGACAUUUGCAAAUAUGUAGUAGAAACUUCAUUGGAAAAAAUGUAUAAAUACAGAGUUUAUUUUUAUUUUGCACUUUAUCAGAACAGCUUCUUGUAAAAACCCUAAAUGAGAUAUAAACUAUACAAUGUAAUUAUUUUUAAACAUCUUCAGUACUGUUAAACAGAUGUUAAGUCCUGGAUUGACUUUUCAUUAUGCACUUUUUGAAAAAAUGGAAAAAACAUUUA